UCUAGUGAUUUGUGGAUGACUUUCUCCUUCUGCUAGUACUCUCUGAAAAGGUGUAACAUGCAUCCCCUGCAGUAGACAGCCAUGAUGCUGACACUGAGGUUGGAACAGCUUUAAAGGGAGGCCCAUGUCAGACUAUCCCAUAGCCUAGUAGCUACAGCACUCACCGGAGAGGUGACAGAUUCCUCUUCAAAUCCCUUUUUCCCUCAGGCGGUGGGACUCCUACAUCCCAGAGAAGCCAUGAAUGAAAAUAAAGAUGAACCCAAAGAUUUCAUCAAACUGAACUAUGAAAAACUCUCUACAGAUGAAGUGUCAGAGCUGGUGAUUUCUCCAUGCUGUGGGGCUGUGUCCCUGUUCAUAGGUACUACAAGGAAUAACUUCGAAGGGAAAAAGGUGAUUCACUUAGAAUAUGAAGCAUACUCACCAAUGGCAGAAGCUGAAAUAAAGAAAAUCUGUAGAGAUGUUAGACAGAAAUGGCCUUCAGUCAAACAUAUAGCAGUGCACCAUAGACUUGGUUUAGUUCCAGUAACAGAAGCAAGUGUGAUUGUAGCAGUCUCCUCUCCACACCGAGUGGCAUCUCUUGAGGCUGUGCAAUACUGCAUCAACACUUUGAAAGCAACUGUUCCAAUUUGGAAAAAGGAGAUUUAUGAGGAGGAAUAUUCUUGGAAAGAAAACAAGGAAUGCUUUUGGGCAGAUGUGGAAAAAUAACUCCACCUCCAAAGUCA